AUGGGAACAGCCCCCCCCAGGACUACAAAACCCAUCGGCCCCUGCGGCGCGCCGCGGCGCUCGGGCGUGCCCCUGCCGCCCAGCGUCGGCCCCGGCCCGGUUUCUUCUUGGAACCACCAGCAGAUCCGCACGAAGGCGCGUGGGAACGAGUAUCAGCCCAACAACCGCAAGCGCAAACGGACGCACGGCUGGAUCAAGCGGAUCAGCACGCCGGCCGGCAUCGAAGUGAUCCUGCGGCGCAUGCUGAAGGGCAGGAAGUCCCUGAGCCACUGA